UCCUUGUUCAGACAUUGGAACUUUUCUCUGGUCACGCGGUCUUCUCUCAGUCACCUUCCUUUCUCUCUCUCUUAAACUUUCUAAUCUCUAUCCACUUCUUUUUUCUCUCUCCACAUGCCAACGAAGCAAUAGGCUAUGAAAAUCUAAACCCUUCUUCUCCGUCCUCCUCUUCCUCUGAUUCAUGAUAAAAAAAAAAAUAGAUACUACCUUUUUUGCCCUGAGUUGUGUUCUCUGUCUGCUUUUGUCUUGAUGACUGAGAUCUAGUCAAUAAGAGAUGUGCACAAGAGUUGUUCUUAUUGCGUGUUGAGAUGAUCUUAGGGGUUUCCGAGAUCUGACUUUGUGAUUAGUCUGAUCUGAGUCUGUUGAAGUUUGACUCCAUAGAUCGGAAGAUGUUUAAGCAGAUACUUGGGAAGCUUCCUAAGAAACCUUCUUCCGCUAAGUUUUGGGAUAAUAGUGAGUCCCAACCCCCAGAUAACAACAACCAAGGUGAAGAAGUUUUAACCCAGAGAUCAUCAUCAGAUGGAGAUUCUGUUUCUUCUGUUGAGGUGUUGCCAAGGCUGAGAGAUGUUCCCAUCUCCGAGAAGCAAGAACUGUUCCUCAAGAAGCUUAGACUAUGCUGCGUAGUGUUUGACUUCGUCUCCGAGCCUCAGCAAAACCUCAAGGAGAAAGAGAUCAAAAGGCAAACACUUCUCGAAGUCGUGGACUACGUCAUCUCCUCAGGGAACAAUGGAAAGUUCCCCGAACCAGUUAUCCAAGAAGCUACAAAGAUGGUUUCGGCGAAUCUCUUUAGUAGUAACACUCACCAACAAUGGAAGAAGAACAAAACUCCAGAAGGAUUAGACUUGGAACAAGAAGAAGAAGGAGGGUCUCUGAACCCUUCUUGGCCUCACUUGCAGAUAGUUUACGAGUUCCUUCUACGACUCGUCGCGUCUCCCAACACAGACGCCAAGAUAUCCAAGAAAUACAUCGAUCCCACCUUCGUCCUCAAGCUCCUGGACCUGUUCGACUCUGAAGACCACAGGGAGAGGGAGUAUCUCAAAACCAUACUCCACCGGAUCUACGGGAGGUUCAUGGUUCACCGCCCUUUCAUCAGGAAAACGAUGAACAACAUCUUGUACGACUUCAUCUUGGAGACAGGGAAACACUCUGGUAUCGCCGAGUUUCUCGAAGUGUUGGGAUCAAUCAUCAACGGGUUUGCGUUGCCUCUCAAGGAAGAACACAAGCUCUUCCUCACUAGAGUGCUGGUUCCUCUGCACAAACUGAAGUGCUUGCCUAACUACCAUCAGCAACUUUCUUACUGCGUUAUACAGUUUGUUGAGAAAGAUUGUAAGCUCGCUGAUACCGUUAUUAGAGGGCUGUUGAAGUACUGGCCGGUUACUAACAGCUCUAAAGAGAUCAUGUUCUUGAAUGAGUUGGAGGAGAUUCUAGAAUCGACUCAGGGAACAGAGUUUGAACGGUGUAUGGUUCCGCUCUCUCGCCAAAUUGCUCAGUGCUUGAGCAGUUCUCACUUUCAGGUAGCGGAACGGGCUUUGUACUUAUGGAACAACGAUCAUGUUAGUAGUUUGGUGAGACAGAACAGUAGAAUCAUUUUACCAAUUGUGUUUCCGGCUCUGGAGAAGAACGGUAGUAGUCAUUGGAAUCAGGCUGUGAAGAACUUGACUGAGAAUGUUCUCAAGGUUUUGUCUGAUACGAAUCCGGAACUGUUUGAAGAGUGUUUGCGCAAGUUUCAAGAAGAUCAGCAGAAUGCAGAGGACAACAAGAAGAAGAAUGGAGAAACAUGGAGACAGCUAGAGGAGAUUGUUGCUUCCAAAGGACACACAUCAAUGGAGAAGUAAGAAGAGUGUUCCACUCUUCUGAACACUCUUCUGCAAUUUACACGAUACACAAAAAAAACAAGAAAAUUGGUUUUAUGUUUUUUUUUGUAUGGUCUUUAGGCCUAAAAGGUAUAUACAGUUUACUUGCUUGGUUGCUUCAAGUCUCUUGGGUUUUAUUAGACAGAUGUUUGUCGUCUUUCAGUUCUUGAUUUGUCUGUUUUGUAUACUUCUGUUCAUGUAAACAUCUUCUUAUGAAAACAAGAGUUUUCUAUAGUA